UACCACUCGCCCUAUUUCGUAAGACAAAAUGUCACAAGCAUGGGGCACCAUAACUCCGGCGCUGUUGGCCGUUGUUUUUGCCUUCUCAAUGACCGUUCACGCCCACCCACAGUGUUUGGACUUCAUGCCUCCCUUCGAGCCGGCAGAGCCGCUCAGUUUAUGCCGAGAAUACAGCAAAUUCGGAUGCUGCACCAGAGAACAGGACUAUGAGCUGAAGAAACAGUUCGAUGAGAUUCUGAGAAGUUUGCCGCAGAGUUCCCGGACAGUGUGUGAGAAGCACGUGACGAACAUCCUUUGUCAGGAGUGCUCGCCUUACGCCUCCCAUUUGUACGACCUGGAAACCACUCAGGUGAAAAAGCCGCUGCCAGGUCUAUGCCCGAAAUAUUGUUCCUCCAUACCCAGUGAGUGCAUCAAUGCCCUCCUCUCAACAACAGUUGACCCAUCCGUGCGGAAAACACUCUCACCGUCAGAUCCCAAAAAGUUCUGUGAGUCGACCAAAAUUACCGACAUGGACUACUGUUAUCCUGACAUUAUCACUAAUGAGAAUUUUUCCAACGACAUUCAAAAAGCCAUACAGGGCACCGGUGGGGAGAAGUGCCUGUGCUUCAAGCAGCUAGUGGUCGGUCUGAGGAACCCCACAGUCCUGGUCCAUGCCGGAGACGGCUCCCACCGUGUUUUUAUCGGUGAACAGUACGGAAAGGUGCACGUGUAUCUGUCUGAUUUCAGUAAGGUAGAAACGCCGUUUCUAGACCUGUCUAAGAAUAUUCUGACAUCCACCAGACGUGGCGAUGAACGCGGUUUUCUCGGGAUGGCGUUUCAUCCGGACUUUAAGCACAACAGUAGACUCUUUGUUUACUAUUCCAUUGGAAACGACAAACAUCAGAAGAUUCGCAUCAGUGAGUUCCGGAUAGCAUCUCACGACGCCAACCAGGUGGAUCGCGCCUCGGAGAAGGUCAUUCUUGAGCUGGACGAACCGGCGGGAAAUCAUAACGGAGGUCAGCUGCUGUUCGGGGUGGACGGGUAUCUGUACGCCUUCACUGGUGACGGCGGAAAGGCAGGAGACCCCUGGGGGAAAAGAGGAAACGGACAGAACUUGUCCUCGCUCCUGGGAAAGGUAAUUAGGAUCGACAUCAACCGUCCAGACGACAGCGUCCCUUACGUCGUGCCGGAGGAUAACCCGUUUGUCGGCCAGCCAAACGUCAGGCCCGAGAUCUACGCUUACGGCCAGAGGAACUCCUGGAGGUGCUCCAUGGACAGAGGCGACCCGGAAACCGGAAAGGGCCGAGGGCGCAUUUUCUGCGGAGAUGUCGGACAGGGCAAAUGGGAAGAGGUUGACAUCAUCCAGAAGGGAGGGAACUACGGGUGGCGUGCGUUCGAGGGCUUCGAAUGCUUUGACAAAAAACUCUGCAAAACUCCAGAGUUGGCCAACCAUAUUCCGCCAAUACACGUCUACGGCCACAGUGUUGGAAAGUCAAUUACAGGAGGGUACAUGUACAGGGGCUGUCUCUUUCCGAAUCUGAGGGGACAGUACAUUUAUGGAGACUACAUGACUGGUUUACUCUUCUCUCUGACGGAGGAUGCCAAGACUGGUGCGUGGAACAAUAGAGUGGUCUGUGUAGGAGGGGACGACACAUGCAACAAUGGUGUACGGGGUUCAUAUGUUCCAAACAUCUUGUCUUUUGGAGAGGAUGAGGCAGGUGAACUGUACAUGCUGGCCACUGACUUUGCCAGCACCAGCCACGAGGGAGGAGUAGUGUACAGGCUUGUAGACCCUUCAAGGCGGGCAGACCCAGGCCAAUGCAGGAAAAAUAUAACUCCAGUCGGAGUUCUUGGGUCCAUGAUCCGUAACAUCAUCACCAGCUGGGAUGACAUAAUAGAGGGCUGGGGAGCCAAGAGAGAGCGUGAAGGGCAUGGUCGUAGGCAUCCUCUGUGGAAGGAAAAUUAAACCCAAUGAAGAAAAUGUCGUUGAGUUGAGGUCAAUUAUGAAUAUUUCAACAUAAAACUAUUGUCUGGAAAAAAAGUAUUUGUAUCUUGAUCGAAUUAAAACAAACCGUCAUGGUAGAGUAUAUUUGACUGGACUAAACACCACCGUCGCUAGCCUUGUUUUGUUCAGUAGGUAGACAGGUCUAUAGUACUUGUGCGACGUACAGUAAGACAUCCUGGAGUACAUUAGUGAUAAGUAGGCAACCUCAUCCUGACAAAUUAAUGAUGACGAUAGUAUCAACGUGUUUGAAGGUAUCUUUUACGUAACUUUUGGUGUUAUUUGAAAAACAUUAUUCCUAGUUGUCAAAUGUAACCUAAAUAUGAUUUCGAGGUCGCCGAGUCACCGUUUAUUCUGCUUCAGUCACUUAUGAAUUAUUAUAUAUUCAAAAACAAAUGUAGGUCCAAAGACGUUUAUCUCAUAAGAGCUUAAUAUCAGACUCUAGGUAAAGGGUGAAGUCGAGAAUUGCUCAAUUAAUGCGAUAAACAUUGAACAUUGAAAAACAUACAACAGAUCAAGGACUGCUGUAUGAUGUCCUUGUACAGAUUAAACGUGAGAAUCUGUUAUAAGAAAUCCAUCUGUUUCGUUAUAGGUAAACUUAGGUAUCAUCUAUUGUUAUUUUAUACAUGUAUUGUAUCUCUCGGUAUAUGGUAUCACGUUAUAUUAUGGUAUGAAUAUCAUUAUAAUAAGGAAUAAUGUAUGGAAUAUACAAAAUUUGGUUUUCCAUCUUAACAAGGUCAAUGUGUGCUUGAUGGAGAAACAUUAUUCGGUGUCAUUAAAUUUGACUGGUAUGGAAUACUCCUGUAUUUAUUGUUACUAUAAGGUGCCAAGUUAAAGCACAAAAAGGUCCAAAGUCUCCAAACUUCCCUUCCAACUAAUCGCUCCCUUGUUGGCGCGGACUAAAGCUGACAAGGUC